AUGUCUUUUCGCAAAAUUCGCCCCUCAUUUGGGGAGAGCAGUGCAUCGACCAGCAGUCCAAGUCAAGCUACACCCGAGAGCUCCAGUACGGGGUCUGAUCCGCGUCGAGCUCGCGGCGAGAAAGAAAUUGCGGAAAACAGCAACUCUGCUUCUAAACGUAGAAGGGUCCCAGAAUCGGUAACACGAAAUGCCUGCUUGAACUGUAAGAAGGCUCGGGCAAAGUGCGAUGGUAAGAAACCAUGCAAGAGAUGUGCGACGCGCCUGGAGACCUCCGAUUGCAUUUACGAAAUCCACAUCAAGCAUGCGAAGGAAGAGCUUGUGAAACAGAUCAAAGAGCUGAAGGCUAAAGACCAUCUCAGUGAACAGAUCCUGCAAGCCCUCUCCACGGACGAGAAGGUCUCCGAUAUUCUUGAGCGGCUCAAGAAAGGCGAGACAUACGAGAGCAUUGUCGAGUGGCUUGGUCGAUCUCCUGUCGACGACUUAGAGACGCUGUCCCCAAGAGAGUCUCAACAUUCUACAUUUGAUGCAUCUGAUCACGAAAUGGGUGGAGUGCCCGGCACGACAACAUGGACAACAGUAACAGCCAACCAAGCUGUUAUGGACCACCUUUUGCAGCUGUAUUUUGCCUGGGUACAUCCAGUGCAUACGUUGUUCGACGAAGGGCACUUUGUUGACUGCUACAAACGACAGCUAGACGACUACUGCUCGUCUGUUCUUGUCAACUCGAUAUGUGCCAUGGCAUGCCACCUACACCCAAUGGUGGAAGGGGAAGAAAUCGACUUUGAGCAGCUCGGAAUGGAGUUCAUUGAUGCUGUACGCAUAGAGAUCGAUCCUAUUGGCAAGCGUAUUACCAUGAUCCAGGCAUUCGCCGUGAUGUUUCUGGUCGACUGUGCCCGUGCCAAUGGCUUACGAGCUUCGUCCUACCUGAAGGUGGCCACGACUAAUCUGCGAGGUGUUAUUCAUCAAGAUACUGAUGGUUUUGCGGAUGUUUGGAAGAAUACUGUUCGCGGAGUGCGCAAUUUGAAUAUUGAAUGGUCCCAGAUCACAUUUCAGCCACCUUCAGUCCUGAGUUCUGCGAUACACGACGCCUUCGAAGAGUCCGACGAUGUGCUCGAUGAUGCUUCGUGGUACUUUUAUCGCUCUAUUCACGACGAAGUCCCUUCUUGGCCUGGACUUCUAGCAACCACGAAUCGUGAGAAGGCCAAACUGACUGCCAUCAUACAAGAUGUGAUUACAAUCAUGUAUACGCCUGCAGGCCCGUUGAUUUCGGCACGAGACAUUCUCCAUCAGUAUAGAAGAUUGGUGGCGUGGCGGGAGGACCUCUCAGGCGACAUUAGCAACCUCGAGAGCCACGCCGGCCAUGCGUUACCGCAUGUGUUAUCCCUUUUAAUUUUAUACAAUAGUUCCGUCGUUCAGCUCUUUCGUCCUCUGCUGGUGUUGGAAUCCUUCCACUCACCGAUGGUGGAAGAAACGAUUUGGAACCACGCACAACAGGGACUUUUCUUGCUUGACGAACAAUAUCGAACCAAAUUUAGCUGUCGAUACCAGCCGGUCAUGCAGAUGUUUGCUGUCCUCCACCUGAGCGAUACGAUUGCACGAUUCUUUCCUGGCGGGGUCGAAGGUCGAAGCAAAGAUGGGCCAGAAGCAAUACAAUUUGGGUUGGAGGUUCUAAUGCAAUCCGCGGCUGGGUUUCCUGUUGCAAAUCCGUUGCAGGAGAUGCUGCGAAGAGAGGCAAAGAAAUGUUCCAUUCGACUGCCCAGGACCUUGGACUUGAUUGCGCCAAAGACAGCUCCACAGCAGGUGUACCGGAUUGACGACUUUAUCGAUGCCUGUACUAGGCCAACCUUCACACAACCAUUCGAUGAACUUAUUCCAAGGUACAUGGCGUCGUUUUCUGCAGAUUGGGCUAUUCAGGGAGCCUCUGGGGGUUUUCUUGAGGCAAGCUCUGGGCGCAGUCUUCGCGUUCAAUCAGCAGAGGAAAGAGGCGCACAACAUCUGAUGCAGAUUCGCAACUUGCUUAAUACCAGUUGA